UAAGCACUUGGUUAUUUGCGAAACUUGACGCAUACGACUCAUUUGAUUUCCUGUUCGCAUUUAGCUGGAGAUAUACUAUCCUCUGGAAUCUAUCCCUCUAAAUUGUCCCGCAUUCGCGACUCGCGUGUUACGCCACUAAGUACUUCUCUCCUCCGCUCCCCCCUCAAGAAUCACCACCACCACCACCACCACCACCUACCCCCUCAGAUCAGUACCUUAAACCUACAUACAACUCCAAUCAAUAUGCCCGCCUCCGUCCACUCCGAAGAACAAGACCAGUCCAUGCUGGACGCCUCCGCGCCCCAGGAAGAGCAGACCGACGUCCUCGAGCUGGAAGAGAAGCGCAUUGUUGUUUUGCCCGGCUCGUCCGACACUGCAGCUUCGUUCCAAUUCGAGGGAGAGGGUCACACUCUGGGUAAUGCGCUGCGAUAUGCGAUUAUGAAGAACCCCGAAGUCGAAUUCUGCGGUUACACUAUCCCCCAUCCUUCCGAGACAAAGAUGAAUCUUCGGAUUCAGACUUAUGAAACAACCACCGCCGUCGAAGCCCUCGAAAAAGGUCUCGACACUCUAAUGGACCUCUGUGAUGUCGUCACGGAUAAGUUCACCACUGCUCGGGAUGACUUUAAUGCUGCGCAGGCGGAUCGCAUGGAGGCUUAGGCAUAUACUUUUUCUCUUAUACAUAUUAUAGACUUUCCUGGGUGGUUUUGGCUUUGAACUGUGUGCUGUUUUAUGUUUUAUUAUUUGAUGGGAUUGAUGGCGUUGUGUGUGUAGAAAAGUUAUACCUUUUCCUUCUUUUUAUUUUUCGUUAUUCUUUGGGGGUGGCUAGAUGUGGUGUAUUGGUUGGUUGGCUGGGUAAGAUGCUGUGGUUUUGAGGGGGUGGAUUGAGUGAGGGAUAUCAUAGCAUCUGCUACAGUACUAAUAUAUGCUCAUAGAUAUGUGGGUUGGUCAUGUGGUUUGGGCUCUGUUGACAUUUGCUGGCUGUUAGCCCUGUAUAAAUGUAUUCGUCGCCUGUUCGUAUCAAGUACUACUACUAGUAGUAGUCUAAAAGCCUACAGUAGUAUCUUUCUCAUACGGAC